GGUUAUCCAGAUAGUUGUUAUCUAUGUUUGUUGUUUACUUCUUCUAUAAAUUUGUUCUAUUUUUACAGACAGAGAGAAAGAAAAUUGUGAAUAAUAGGUAUUAACCUAUUAUAUCCAUUUUGAAAUUGAUUAGAAGUGUGAGCCGAAGUGAACAUUGAUUUUUCGAAUUGUAAAGUUAUUGUUACAAGUGAAAAUGUAGUAAUUAUAUCGUUUUUCACAAAUACAGGACGGUCCCAAAAUAGUAUUGUACAAGUUAUAGUGAGAAGGUCGGUAUUUGACCUUUGGUCAUUAUAACAUGAAUUUGCAGUUACAAGUGCUAAAUACUUGUGAAUUAUAUUUUUAUAUCACUUACCUGCACAAUAUAUUCUGUGGAAACAUGUGUGGGUUUGUUUUGUGAUCUAUCAAUAAUGAAGGUAUUUCUCUAAAAUCAAGAAUAAAAAUAACCUGAACUGUCUUCCCCAAAUAUGGAACAUUCUAUUAAUCAAAAGAACAAAGUCAAUAAAUUAGGCAAUACAGAAAUAGUGCUCACAAGUUUAUGUGCUGGAGCAAUUGCUGGUGCCUUAGCAAAAACAACCAUAGCUCCAUUAGAUCGCACAAAAAUUAACUUUCAAAUUAGAAAACAACCUUACUCUGCCAAAAAAGCUCUUGAAUUUUUACAACAUACUUUUCACAAGGAAGGUUUUUUUGGAUUAUGGCGAGGAAAUAGUGCUACAAUGGCUAGAAUAGUGCCCUAUGCCUCUAUUCAAUUUACUGCUCAUGAACAAUGGAAGAAAAUAUUAAAAAUUAAUCCAGAAGAACCUUCUCCAGGAAAGCAAUUUUUGGCAGGAUCUUUGGCAGGUGUAACAUCUCAGUCUCUUACCUAUCCCCUAGAUUUAGCUCGUGCUCGAAUGGCAGUUACUCAAAAGGAUCUUUAUGCUACAUUGAGAGAGGUAUUUAAAAAGAUAUAUAGAACUGAAGGUGUUACUGCAUUUUAUAAAGGAUACUUUCCAACAGUAAUUGGAGUAAUUCCUUAUGCUGGUGUAUCAUUCCUUACUUAUGAAACUUUAAAACAAUUUUAUAAAGCAAACGUAAAUAAUGAUCCAACUGUAAAUCCAUUAGUCACAUUAGGAUUUGGUGCAGUGGCAGGAAUGCUAGGCCAGACCAGUAGUUAUCCAUUAGAUAUUGUACGAAGAAGAAUGCAAACAGAUAGCAAUAAGGAAUACAAAACGAUUUUAGGAACAUUAAGUACAAUAUAUCAGCGUGAAGGUAUUAUAGGAGGAUUUUUUAAAGGUCUAUCAAUGAACUGGAUAAAAGGACCUAUAGCAGUAGGAAUAAGUUUCAGUACGUACGACGGUAUCAAAGAUUUACUUAGGAAAAUUGUUAAAGGCUUAAAAAACAAUCAAUGGUAUUAUUCAGAAUGCCGAUGAUGAUGAUACUGAUAUUAUUUUUGCUAUUUAUUGACUAAGUUUUGUCGAUCUUUACAAUAGUUUAUAAUCAAGAUAAAUAUAUAUACAGUUGUUAUCUUUUUCUUUUAACUUAUACAGUAUGGAAUGUUAUUUAUUUUUAUAAUAAAUACUUUAUGUUGUGUGUUCAAUUUAUUUUAAUAUACAUAAAAUUGAUGUCUGUCUGUAAAGUCAAAAUAACUGUCUUUUUUUAAGCUUGUAUGUCCGAUUUUUAUGAGACUUUACAGACAGAGUACUUUUUAAGUUGUUUAUUGGAAACAACAGUAAUCGAAAAUAGUUUCGUUUGGGCGAGUCGCGGCUAAAAGAUUAACAU